AACUUUUGUAAACUUCUUUCCCAUGUCAGUUGCUUAUCUUUUCCCUUAUAUUUUCUUUCUUCUAGAUUUUCAGAUCUCGAUGAUGAAAUAAUUGUUUUCCCUCAUCUUUUCUGGUUCCUUCACGCAUCCAAAAAUAUGCCUCAGAUCUGCUUCACUCGUUAAUCAAAUGAUCGAAUAGAAAUGUAUUUUGCGGAGAUGCAAAGAAGAAGGGAUAGCUUAUCUUCUACAGCACUAAACGAAAUAGGUGAGAGUCGUUCUUCUUCUUCAGCUGAUUUCGUUUCAAUAUAUCGAAGUCUUCCUCAUUAUCUCAUGUCCUGCUUAGACUAUUGGGCUAUCUUUCAUAGAGGACGAUAUCCUCUUCUUUUUUCGAAGGCUGAGAUGGCUCGGCUUUUAUCAGCUGAAGCUCUGAUACCGGAGAAAGAAGGGGAACUCAUAGAUAAUGUAGCAAAUAACGUUAUCGACGAGUUAAUUCAUCUAGGACCGCUGAGAGAAACAUACAUAUAUGGAGAUGGGCCUUGUAUUGCCUUUAAUGAAUCAUAUGUAAAUUUAUGCGUUGUCGAGGUGGAUGAAGUGGAAUUUUUGGCUGAAGCUGCGAAUUUACCUGUACGAGCUAUAAUACAUCAAUACCGCAACAAUAUUCCUCCUGAUUUCAAAACCCUUCAAAUUCGUUCUCUAUUUUUGGAUUCAGUCGGAUUUUCUCGGGCCUCUAUGGAAACUAUUUGCAAGUUGCAAUAUUUAUUGGUGUUACAUUUGGAUGGCCGCCUUUUGGAGAGAUUACCUGACGAAGUGGGUGACUUGUUUCACCUGAGAUAUUUGGGGCUGAGUUCUUUAGAUAUGGAUGAACUUCCACAGACAUUAGGCAACCUUCAAAACCUACAAACUUUGGAUAUAAUCACCCAUAGAAAACUGAAGGAAUUGCCUUUACAAGUCUUUAAUAUUCAACAGUUGAGACACAUCAAUAUCAGAACAGGCUACCCGAGCACUUCAAGUGGAAUUAGAGUUCCAAGUGGAAUUGGAACAUUGAAAAGUCUUCUUACUUUAGGUGAAGUAUAUGCUGGAGGCGUCAUUGCCAGUGAACUAAGCUCGUUAACCCAACUGCAACAACUCAGUGUCGGCUGUGUGUCUGAAGAUAAUUCCACCCAACUAUUUGCAGCCAUCACGAAGAUGGAAAAUCUUGUCUCCUUGUCACUCAAAGCAGAUGAAUUCUACUCCCUUAAUUCAUCUGUUCUAGAUUUGGAAUCAUUUUCCCCUCCAUCUUCUAUUAAACAUCUGAGGUUAUAUGGUGCCCUUGUUGAAAUGCCUGCUUGGCUUGCCUCCAUGGAAAACCUCACUGUGUUACAUUUAAGUUAUUCCAAUCUGUUAGAGCCCCCAGCCCCUACACUUCAAUUUCUCCCCAAAUUAAAGGUUCUUCGUCUAGGUCGUGCUUAUAAAGUACGCUGCAUCGGUAAAGAGUUCUGUGACGCCGGUGGGUUUCCAAAGCUUGAAAUACUUACUUUCCAUGGUGUGGAUAUCCUAGUGGAGUGGACGGAGAUAGGCCGUGGAGCUUUUCCUAGUUUAAGGUAUCUUGAAUUUUGGCGUUGUAAAAACUUGAGGUUUCUUCCAGAAGGCUUACAGAAUAUUUCUAGUCUUCAGGUGUUGAAAUUGUGUCAUACACAUCUCGACCUUACAAGGCGAUUACUGGGUGAAGAGAGUUACAAGAUCAAGCAUAUUUCAAAAGUCAGCUUCAUCGGUUGCUGAAAGAAUUAAUAAAAAAUAAGUUAAAAAAAAAAGAAAAAAAAAACUCUCUAUGUUAUUUUAUUUCAUUAGGUGAUUGUACAGCUAAUAUGAUAUAUAUAUAUUUUUAUAAGUUUUCCUUGAAUGACAAUUAAAAUAUCGGCCACUCCAGAAUGCAAUUCCAUGAUCAGAAUAUUAUUAGCCACAAAGUUUUGGUUCUCUUCACACCCAAAGCUUCUUACAUAGUACUAUACAAAAAAAAAAAAAA